UCGGCCUUCUGCCGUUCCCGCCUAAACCUUGGUGAAGGGGCCUGGAAGGGAGGUCGAGGUCCCGCGGCCAUGAAGCCGCUGCGGCUGCUGUGCCGCCACAAGACGGCCCUGGGCCUAGGUGGGCUCUCGCUCUUCGCCGUGGUCCUGCUCUACCUGGCCAAGUGCACCUCCGAGGGCCUCCGUCCUCUGGCAGCCCCCCGCGGGCUCCCGCACAACCAGCCCGCCGCCCUGCCUCCGCGGGGUGCCCGGGGACCGCACCCCCCCGCAGCCCCGCCGCCCUCCCCUCAGGAGACCGCCUUCGUGGCCGUGCUCAUCACCAGUGGCCCCAAGUACAGCGAGCGGCGCAGCAUCAUCCGAAGCACGUGGCUCUCGGGCACAGGGCGCCCACCUCACGAUGAUGUCUGGAGCCGCUUCGUCAUCGGCACAGCGGGGCUCGGGGCAGAGGAGCUCCGUAGCCUGGAGCUGGAGCAGAGCCGGCACAGAGACCUCCUCCUCCUGCCGGAGCUGCGGGAUUCCUACGAGAACCUGACUGCUAAAGUCCUGGCCACGUAUGUGUGGCUGGAUCUGCACCUGGACUUUCAGUUUGCCCUAAAGGCCGAUGACGAUACCUUUGUCCGCUUGGAUGUGCUCGUGGAAGAGCUGAGAGCCAAGGAGCCACGUCGUCUCUACUGGGGCUUCUUUUCCGGCCGCGGUCGAGUGAAAUCUGGUGGCAAAUGGAAGGAGAGUGCCUGGGUGCUCUGUGACUACUACCUACCCUAUGCUCUGGGUGGUGGUUACGUGAUUUCUGCCGAUCUGGUGCACUAUUUGCGUAUUAGUAGGGACUACCUGAACAUGUGGCAGAGUGAAGAUGUCUCCCUGGGCGUGUGGCUGGCUCCCAUUGACGUGAAGAGAGUGCACGACCCUCGCUUUGACACUGAGUAUAAGUCACGAGGUUGCAACAAUAAGUAUAUAGUAACUCAUAAGCAAAGCAUUGAGGACAUGCUGGAAAAGCACCAGACCCUGGCUAAAGAAGGAAAGCUCUGUAAGGAGGAGGUUAAGCUCAGGCUUUCCUACAUGUAUGACUGGGGAGUGCCUCCUUCACAGUGUUGCCAAAGGAAGGAUGGCAUCCCUUGAAAGGCUGAGGAAGGAGAAGGCAGAAUGGUGGUGGACUCUUGGUUACUGUUGGGGAGAAUCCCAGUAACUAGGGCUUAAAGAUUACUCUAAAGAUUUUGCACGUUUCAUUAUGUCACAAUCAAUGAAACCCUGAAACUCCUAAGAGCUACUGAUGUGGGAUGAUGCAGAGAUGCUUAAAAGAAAAAAAGAAAUAGAUGACAAAAAGCAUGGAAAGGCUCAGAUGACAGGAUUGAAGGCAAGUAACAGGUUGCAAAAUUUGGAUAGUACAGAAAGUUUGG